AUGAGGGUCCUCCAAGUCCAGAAGAGGAAGGUUCGCUUUAUCACAGAUGAUGAAAUCUAUGACACAAAGGAAACAGAGGAAACAAAGGAAACAGAGAAACAACAGCAUGAGGAAAAGAAAAUAAAAAAGCCCAGACCUUCAUCCUCUUCAAGGGUGGAUCGCACAUGGCUCUCGAGGCUAGAGCCAUUCCCACAGCGCCUAUCAAAAAAAGCACUGAACGCCAGAAAGAUACAGGCCUGGUGGCGGGGCACCCUGGUGAGACGCACGCUGCUGAGGGCCGCCCUCAGUGCAUGGAUCAUUCAGUGCUGGUGGAGGAAGAUACUGGCCACGAUACAGGAAAGGAACCGACUGGUGGUCCUGCGCUGCAUGGCACAAGAAACAAGGGCCUGCGUCCUUAUUCAGUCAUGGGUCCGGAUGCUGAAAAUCCGCCAGCAUUAUUGCAGGUUGUGCUGUGCCACCCGUGUCAUCCAGGCAGCGUGGCGCUGGUAUAACUGCCACAGUCGUGGCUUUUUCCAGGGCUACUAUGAACUCCAAGGAAACAAACUACGUCUACAGCUUGAUAUCUUUCUGGCAUCACAGGUUUGCCGAAUAUCAGACUGCAUAUCCUUGCCAAUAAAGAACUGAUCAGGUCUUCUAACAUAC